CCAACUCUGUUAAUUUAGUAUAAAUUAAAGAAGGGGAGAAAUUAAAUUUGAGCACUUAAAACGCGCUAAUUUGUGUCUUUAAGUUUUAUUGUUUGAAUUGAUCGAAAUGAGCAACAUGAUUGUCGACAAUGUUGUGGAGUUUGCCAGUUACUGGUGGUUCCGAUACCUCAUGGUUACCGAGCUCUAUAUGGUGGAGAAGUGGGAACGUGUAACGAUACACGUGCUCUUUAUGGUGCUCUUCUGCGUAUUCUGGUACUUCAACUACUCGGUGCUGCUCUCUCUGGCCGGACUAAUCUCACCCAACACACUUAUUGCCGAUAUCUUACCCGGCGCGCAUCAAGGACAAGGUGUCAAGGUCAUAUAACCGAACCGCAGCGUGUGUGUUUAUACUUCCAAUUUUCCAAUAAUUGAAUAUCUGCCUGCUGCUGCGUAUCUGUUAUUGUGCCUAUAAACGCGCCAGCUUUAUCUAAUCCACACAUAUUCACAUCCACCAAGUGUGUUUACACAUCAAUCACAGUCGAAAACGGUGUUGGAGUUCCUUUAGCGGAUAAGCUAAGCAGCAAAUGGCAGCCACUAAUCGGCCGGCGCACUGUUUAAGCUAGCCUUAGUCUACACACGUACUCCCUGUUGGAUGCUAAAUAAUAGUUAAGGUAAUAAAUGUGAAUGCUAAAGAAUGUGC